GCAGCUCUGCUGCUGCUGCUAGUGGCCAGCUGCCGGGGCACGGAGUUCCAGGAGGGAGAUUUUGUCCCGUCGGCGCGGCGGGCGCAGUUCCACGGCCAACGCACCCACUGGCACGACAUCCUGGGCCAGCACUGCCCCAAGUUUGGCGUGAAGCGGCUGGUGGCGGUGCCGCUGCCGCAGCCGCUGGGCUACAAGGCGGCGGACGACUACAAGGUGCAGUUCAGCUUUGACGGCGAUCGCCACCUCACGCCCUGGCUGCCUGUCAUCGGCAAGCGCGCCGCCUCGCCGCCGUAUGUUGAAGUGGAGCUGACGCGGUCGGGGGACAGCAUUGUGGCAGUGAGCGCGUCUGUGUACCAGCUGGAUGAGGAGGACCAGGCGCAGCACGCCCCGCUGGUGCGCGAGUUCCUCAACGCCACCCACUGGCCCAAGCACCUGCUCGUGCACUACACCUGGCACACGCGGCACGAGGAGGACGAGGAGGCGGGCCUGCUGGUGCUCUUCUCAGGUGCA